AAAUCAGGAAAUCAGCUGUGCUGUCAGCUGUUCAGCCGUUCAGCCUACAGCGAUGGUGUCUGUUUUGUGUCUGUAAAGCAUCAUCUUUACAACGUCCAAAAAUAAUGUAUUGUUAAACAGUAUUAAUUUUAAAUAAAAUGACAGAUAAAUGUCAUAGUCGUGCUUUCGCUAGACAGGCUAUGCUCUGGUCUGUUUAAAAUUAUUUGUGAUGGAAGUUUUCUCAACUGCCUCAGACAUUCCUUCGUCGUAUUUAUGUGCUUAUUCAGUAUUUAAUCAAAAUGUAUCAGUAUAUAACUUUGGGGACGUAUUAGUAACAAAAGAUCACAAAACAACUGGUCAAGUAAAGAUAAUUUCUGGAGGAAAGACAUCCUAUAUUGAUUAUGUUGGAAAAGGAAUGCUUACAGCCACAGUACAAGGUCCAAAUAGUGAGUCCCCGACGCCAAAUGUAAUUCUAAAAACAAUAAGAGAGCUAAGUUUGAACCAUAUUAAUGGAAUUUUAGUAAUUAUAUCGGCACAUUCAAAAGAUUCCUUAAGUUUCGGAUUAGCCGUCGAGCGGGCUAUUAACGAUGACCUUCAUGUCAAGUUUUUAAGUGUAUCGGAAGACUGUGGCAAAAACGCAUUAAGUAGGGAACAACAGAAGAGCUCAAAUCAAAGCGGGAUGGUUUUGAUCUAUAAAAUUGCCGGUGCCCUUUCACAGUGUAAUAAAUCCUUAUCCUAUAUAUUCGAAUACUGUACUAGAGCUGUGCAAUUCCUCGUCAGCGACAGCAGUACCAUGCGACAGGAUUUAUUUCCGAAGAAAAUUAGUUACUGUCAAAAAUCUUCUUCAGAUAUACACGGAAACAAUUUUUUACCUACAUCUGGUAUGACUAAAGAAAAUUUACAGGAGGUAUUGACAGAAUUACUUAGCAAUUUGAUCAAAAAUAAUAAAUUCGUGCUUAGUCCUGGGGACAUCUGCAUAUUAUUAAUUAAUAACCUGGGAGCAUUCAAAAGGCAAGAAGAGUUUGUAAUCAUGGGAAUAGUAGCCGCCUUUUUUGAAGCUAAAAAUUUACAGGUUGUCAGAUUGUAUAUUGGGCGAUAUUUUCGUAUUAAUGAUAAUGUUGAACUAAAUAUUUCUUUGUUGAAGAAUUUCGAUGAAGACCUUGUGACAUACUUAGAUGCCUCGUGUAGUGUGCCAGGUUGGUUUCCGGUUUAUCAAGAUGCUCCCAUUUUAAAAGAAAGUGUAAUUCAAAGCUGUCUUCGAAGAAAGUGCCGAUUAUCUCCACCAAUCAAAGGACCGAAACUAAGAGAUAGAUUAUCCAAUGUGAUUCAACUAUGCCUUCAGUUUGCAUGCGAUGCUUUAAUAUCAUGCGAAAAAAUGCUUAAUAAAAUAGAUUCUGAAAUAGGAAAUGGUGAUACAGGUAGUAAAAUGCGCUCGAUAGCUGAAGUGCUGAAUAAAAGGUCAUGCAACCAUAAACUUAACUUAAGUUACCCGUUUACAUUUUUCUUAAGCUUAAGUAAGAUUUUGGACCACACUGUAGGUGGAGAUAUAGGAUGUGUGUAUAGUAUUUUAUUUGAAGCUGUUGCAAAUAAGUUUGGCGACUAUAGGGAAGAUGACGAAAUCUCAUUUAAUAUGUGGAUUGAAGCGAUGGAAAAUGCCUGUAAUGCUCUCAAAAAGUAUGGAGGUGCUAAUAUCGACCAGUACACAGUCUACAAUCCUAUAUCUGCAUGUUUAGAUACAAUGAAAGCACAUUCAAACAAGGAGUGUAAUCCGAUCGAUGUUUUCAAUCUCGGUGUUUCUAAAGCAGAGGACGUUGCUUUACAAUCUAUUAAGCCAGGUUGUAAAUACCCCAAUGCAGAGGCGCAUGCUGUUGGAAUUUGGUUAAGAGCCACUUACGAAGGAGUAAAACUAAAGUGUUAAAAUCCUGAUUUAUUCAAUUUUUAAGUUGAAAAUUAAUUACAAUUAUUUUAUUUGUAUGUCAGCUGAUUUACAGGAAGAAUGUGAUAUAUUGGUAAUUAUUUAUUACAAUAAAAAUAAUUAUAAAGUUUAUUUUAGAACGUUUGCAAUAAAUAUUUUU